AUGAACUCUUCUUUUGGAAGCACAACCCAAACGGCCGCCGUUGGAAGCAGCACCGAGACACGCCUCCGUCUUGUUGCCGAAGGCGCGUCCACUAACAGCGCAAUCAAGGACGGGACUAAGAAGAAGGGAAAGAAGCCAAAGGUGAAGUGGCAGGAGGGUGUUGUGGAUAAUGAGCACCUCAACCGCAAAAAGUCCAAGAUCUGCUGUAUCUUCCAUCCAAACGAUCCUGAUGCUGAGGCCUGUGAGCUGUCCGAUAGUGGUUCGUCCUCACUGUCGAGUGAAUCAGACAGCAAUAACGAGGGGUCAGAGCGGAAAGACCGCGCCAAAAAGUGUCAGCACAAGCAUAAACGGUCCCCGAGUCCUAAUGCGUAUGAGAAGCAGCCUGUGUAUAAAAACAGGUCUACGGAGAACAACCGAAUUGAGGAGGUGAACAGGGCCUUUACGCAAUAAGAUCGGAUUCAGAUGGCACUAAAAGACUACCAGAUGGCAAUAAAAAGGCUACCAAGAUACAAAUCUCAAAGCAAGACUAGAGACUGGCUAAACACAAGGGUAUAGUUUCCAUGGUUGAGUAUUUACCGACGCAGUUUAGAUUUCAAAACUGUCGAGCAGGGGUAUUGCGAUGUUACGUCUGUAUAUCUAUUAGAGUGACGAAGCGUUACUGGUGCACUAUAUUUAUUCAUUUAAUAUCAUCUUGGUAGUGAUGGUACUGUAAAAGAGUUGGAGUAAGCCAAUACAUGAUAUCCCCGGUUGUAUAAGAACGGAGUGACGCUCG